AUGGAGAAGGAGUUGGAGCAGUUGCGCGAUGCAACUAAGGCCGCAAGUGCGAUCGCCGCGAGGGCAACGAAUCUGGAGACAGAGUUGGCGAGGCUCCAACAUGACUCCAUAUCAGAUAUGAGAGCCGCCGAGGAGACGAUGUCUGAGGCUGUUGAGCUCAGGAAGCUGCUACCGAAGAUGGAAUCCAAGGUGGAAUUGUUGGAGCGAGAAGUUGAAUUUCUGAAGAAGGACAAAUCUGAGAGUGAAGAGAAAAUUAGGGAUUUAGAGAAGAAAAUUGGAGCCUUAGAGAAAAAAGAUGUUGAUGAAAGGAACAAGUAG